AUGUCUAGCGAAGAAGAAGAAGUAGUUCCAGUUGAGCCGAAGACGGAGCGUGAGAAGAAUGUGUUCACUCCGUUCUACGUCGAUCCAAUCGUACCAGGAAUUUGUAAGAGCACGGAAGAGUUGUCGGAUCUCCAGAAACUGCUGAAAGCCGAUACUCAUGAAGCUGCUUUGAGAUUCGCCGAAGCCUCUUUGGAAUGGAAAGACAAUUUCUUCAUCCACCUUCCGAAACUACCCAGACUUUCGAUUGACUUCAUAACUGUUUGCCGUGUCGUCCCCCGUAUUCACGCUUUCUAUCGUGUGAUUGUUGAGAGUCCAAAUGGGUACAUCGUAACUGCUUGUCACGUCAACGUCCAUGGACAUCAUCGUGGAGACCUCCGUUAUCUAGAAGUCAACGAUCGCACUGUCACCAGCAAGAAUGAGAAGACUAGUAUCGUUGGGAAGUUGUUCCUUGGUGAUAUCAUUGGUGUCACUGGAUUGGCAAGACUGACGGACUUCAAGGAAUUUGAUGUGUUCCAAUCGAAGACGUGUGAUCAAUGUAUUUGGAUGGCUACUAGCAUUCAAGUUUACCCAAGAACCACAUUACAAGAUGUGACAUUCUCAGUGCUGGCAAACGGAACUGCUGUUGUGAAGGAGCAAAGUGAAGUGAUGAACAUCUUGAACCCUGAGUCUCUUCCUCUGACCCAAGGAAAACUGUAUACCGGCACUUUGUUUAUUCCAGAGAAGAUGUUCUGUCAUUUUACUCAGGAGCACAUGCCGAAACACAAGAGCCGUAUAGCCAACAAGUGUUCAAAGAUUCAUCAACCUCCAAAUGCUCUCGGUUCCAUUUUCGACUUUGAAGAAUCUCCAGUGCUCACGGAAGCAUUUGAUAUUGGAGUGAAGGCGUUCUCCAGCAAUCGAAACAAUGUUCACGCUGAGAACACUGCCGAGGAAGUCAUGGAAACCUGCGUACUAAUGGGAUAUGCUGCUGCCAAUUCAACCAGCAAUGGAAGAUUUGACUGCCGAGCAAUGCCUAUGUAUAAUAUUGAGAGAAGGGGAUUCAUAUUGAAAUUUUCAAUCGACAACCCAGCUGAGAAGCCAACGGAAGGAAAAUGGAUGAUCAAUUCUCGAAUCAAUAUUGAUGGACCAUCUGGUGAAGUGAGUGCAAUUAUUGAGACAGUCGUUAUAAAUGAUCCUCGAAAACUCUGGAUAACUGCAAGACUUUCAAGUAGUGUUCCGAAUAAAAACAAGUUUGAUAAAGGAACUCACGUUGUCUCUCAACGAGCGAGUCCAGAAUAUCAAAUCUUGAGAACUGGAUUCUUUUACCGCACGGGACCCGGAGAAAAUGGACGACGAAUUCUCGAAGCUCUCUAUGGAGGUAGACCAAUAGCUCAUAACUAUCCAAGACGUGCAAGAUCUCAUCAGUUCCCAUCCGAAGUUCCAAUUGCACUCAACCCGUAUCAGUGUGAUUAUGUGGACAUGAUGAUGGAGAACAUUCCAAUUGUCGUGGGAUGUUCUCCAUUUGGAUGCGGAAAAUCAUUGACUAUUGUCACUACUGCUCUGGCACUCCAAAAGCAAGACGUUGACAUUUAUGGUCCAUUUGCAUCCAAGAAAACACAGUUGAUGUUGACCCAAAGUAAUUAUGCAUGUGUGAAUUUGGUUGAAAUAGCAAAGAAGAUUAAACCUGAAAUCCGUGAAGGUUUCAAGUUCGUUCGAUAUAUUUCCGAGAAGAAUUGGAAAGAUUUACCAGAUGAUUGCAAGACAGAUUUUGAUUUGCCAAAGCUCAUGGUACCUGUUUUCAAGCAAUGGGCAAUCGGACACAGGUGGUCCGAAGAUUUGGAGUACCCUCAUAAAGUGAAUAUGGUGAACUUUCUACUGGAUGGAAAUCAUAUAGAUUCUUUUGGGUUUCUUGAUGAGGCAUGUAAAAUCAGAAAUCAUAAAAAGUUCAGAAGAGAAAAGGCGGCCUCUGGUCGUUGUUUUCAAGCGUUUUUCAUGCUUUACAAGCCGGAUCUCGUAAUGACAACAAAUGAUUCACUUCAUGCUCUUCUCAAAUCUGCAGUUCUUAAAACCGAAUCGAUACAGACUAUCCAAAUUGAUGAGGCUAGCCAAGUUCCGGAGUAUUCCUUCAUUAGUCUAUUGACUUCUUUCCCAAAAGCGAAAUUUGGAUUGAUUGGAGACACUCAACAACUUCCACCGUACUGUGAAUCGAAUCUCAAUGGGAAGCUGAAGGACUACGGUAUCGGAAAUACUAUGGAGAGAGCAGUGAAAGGGGAAAUGUUCCCACAUGCGAUGCUUCGAGAGGUCUACAGAUGUAAUCCAAGAGUCACUAAUCUUCUCAGCGACCUGUUUUAUGAAGGAAGAUUGAUUCCUGGAGUGAUUGAAGACCAAAGAAAUGAAUUCAUAAGAAAGAGACCAGAUUUCUGGCCGGCUUCUCAAUUCCCAGUAAUGAUUGUGAACAACAAAGAGAAGGGAAUGAGAAUGGGAACUUCUUGUCAAAAUGGUUCGGAGAAGGAACUCGUGAAGACCCUACUGGAUCGUCUUACCGAGGAGCAUGAUGGAUAUCAACUCCAGCCAUCGGACAUUGGUGUCAUCUCCUUCUACUCUGCUCAAACCUCGUUGCUCAUCGAUGGUCUACGCGGUAGAGGAGUCAAAUGUGGUACUGUAGAUGCAUUCCAGGGAAGUGAGAGAGAAGUUAUCAUUCUUUGCUGCACCAAUGCGAAAAUCAGUCAGUUCAUGCAAAUGAGCAACCGGAUCAAUGUCGCCAUGUCGAGAGCUAAACAAGUGACAAUUAUCAUCGGAAAUAUGGAUGGGCUGAGAGAUGCAAGGUACUGGAGUGACAUUGUCAGAGAAGUCGAACGGGAGAAAUGUGUUAUUCAGGCGGAAACUCUCGGCGUAGUUCAAAUUCCACACAGUCAGAGAAUUCCCAGAAAUGAACGGAAUAGAGGAUAUCACAACAACCGUACCAAAGUCCCAAAAGUCAGCAACCAAGCAAACAUUUCUGAUGAAAUGAAUGUCCUAAGCUUAUCGGCUCCCACCAAUCCCGAACCUUCUACAUCCGAAUCUGCCGACACAUUGAUCAUGAAAAAAGAACUGGAAGCUGCAAGAAAAAUGGCUGAACAAUUGGAGAAGGAGUUGAAGAAAGUGCAAGAAAAGUUCCAAGAGAAGGAAUGGAAUCUCUGUGAGAUUUGUGUCAGUCCAUACGAGCAAGGUGUUGCAGAAAAGACACCAAAGUUUUUGGUCUGUGGUCACACCUUCUGCCAGGAAUGUCUAAUUCAUAUGACUAUUUCGAAUGAAAUCAAAUGUCCAACUUGUCGUGUUGCUUCCCGUGGUCCAGCUGCUAACCUCAACACAAACUUCGCCAUUUAUAAGCAUCUCUAA